UAAUAAAGAAAGUUUGGGAGAGGAAAAUUGAACCAACUUGUGCUCAACACCAAACACAAAAAGGCAACCACACACGAAAGACGAAGCGAAAAAAAGAACUCGAAAACAACAAAAAAAACGAUUCGCAAAUGAAAAUGUUGCAAGGUCGAAGAUGCUAAACACCUUAGCUCAAAUGUUUAGGAUAUUGCAUUCGAUACAUAGUCAACGAAAAUGUUUGUUUGUUUUAUUCGUCGUGCUUCUAAUAUUAGUAUUUUGUUGCAAUAAUGUAGUCAUAGGAAAGUGCAUUAGUGAUAGUUCUUGUAUGAACGGCGGCGUGUGCAUUAAUGGAACUUGUGUUUGUCCCGAUGGUUGGCAGGGCGAUGAUUGUCAAUUUUGUGGCGGUAAAGUACGUUUGACCGAUUUCUUCGGUUACAUCCAUGAUGGUGCUGGAAAUUACUCAGUUGGAGUGAAAUGCAGUUGGUUAAUCGAUGCCAGAGAUAGUAUAUAUAGAAAUUCACUGCAUGGCAAUGACAAAACUCCGACGAUACGUUUGCACCUCGAAGAAUUUGCCACCGAAUGUGGCUGGGAUCAUUUGUAUGUGUUCGAUGGUGAUAGCGUUGAAUCUCCCUUACUUGCCGUUUACAGCGGUUUGAUGUAUAGCCAAAAUAUUUCCGUUCGACGAGUGCCUGAAGUAGUGGCACGUUCCGGAUCAGUACUUCUUCAUUUUUUUAGCGAUGAUGCGUAUAACAUGUCUGGUUUUAAUAUUUCAUAUAAAAUAAACGGUUGUCCAACGGAUGAUUCGAGCGUCAAUUGCUCUGGCCAUGGAGUGUGCAAUGAAUUGGAUGGAACGUGCGAUUGCGAUAAUGAACACUAUGGCUUUGCAUGUCAAACGCCCAAGUGCCCGAAUGAUUGUGCAAAAGAUUUGAGACGCGGACAUUGCGACGGUAAUAGAUGCGUUUGUGAAUUGGGUUUUGCGGGCGUUGAUUGUAAUCAAGAUGUAUCGCUCGGCCAUUGGACGACCAUAACACCUGACAGUUUUACUCCAUUGGGUAGUGCAUCGCAUAGUGCGGCUGUAUGGGGCGAUGCAUUGCAUAUUAUUGCUGGUGAAUCAUACGGACGUGGUCAAUUGCUUUACACAUAUGAUUUUAAUGGAAAAGUAUGGGAGACGGUGCAUUCGUCUGGUUCGGCCACUCCAGAAAUGCGCUAUGAUGCAUCUACUGUAAUUUAUGGUGAUAAAAUUUACAUGUAUGGUGGCGUUGUUGGUCAUAAAGGUGUCUCGAAUGAAUUAUGGGCGUUCGAUGUGAGCGCUCGCAGUUGGGAAAAUAUUACGGUUAAAUUUGAACCGUGCACAUCAUCGAAUUCGAUGUGCGGCCCGUUAAAAACGUCUGGCCAUACAGCAACAUUGGUGCCUGCUCAUGAUUCGGCAACAAAUACAGAUUAUAAAUGUAUGAUUGUUAUAUUUGGACAUUCCCCUCAAUACGGUUAUCUCAAUACGGUGCAAGAGUACACAUUUAGCACGCGAACGUGGAAAAUUGUUACAACAUAUGGUUAUCCGGUUAAAGGUGGUUACGGUCAUAGCGCUGAUUAUGAUCCAUUAACAAAUAAAGUAUACAUUUAUGGUGGCAUUGUGUCGGAGAAUGAAAACAAUCAAAUUAUUAGCAAUAAUUUAUAUAGCUAUGAUCCGCAAGCAAGAGAAUGGAAACUAUUGAUGGCAGCGGCGUCUGGUCGAUUUUUGCAUAGCGCCAAUUUCAUUUCGCCCGGUUUGAUGAUGGUGUUUGGCGGUAAUACUCAUAACGAUACGUCACAUAGUUUUGGUGCCAAGUGUUACAGCAACGAAUUAAUGGUGUAUGAUGUAAUAUGCGAUACAUGGCACUUUCAAAAUAUGCCCAACGAUUUUCGAACGGAUGUCGCACGAUUCGGUCACAGUGCAGUUAAAUUUGACGAUUCACUUUAUAUUUAUGGUGGAUUUGAUGGUCAAAUGCUAUCCGAUUUACUGAAAUAUACUCCAGGCAAUUGUCAUGCAUUCCAAAAAGCUGAACAAUGCCUAAACGCAAGACCAGGUCACAAAUGUGUCUGGGAUAUACAGAAAUUUAAAUGCAUUCCAAUCACUCAUGUUCAAAAGGAUAUUAUUCGAGUUCGAGAUCCGGAUGUCUAUUGGUUUUGUCCGAAAGAAAGUCGAAUCGUACUUACGCAACAACUAUUGAUGGACGGCACACGAUGCAGCGAAUUGCUCGAUUGUCACAGUUGCGUAUCCACAUCAUUCGGUUGCACAUUUUGUGGUACCGGCACAUGCUCAAAAGAUAAAUGUCGUGACUUCCAUUCGGAUGGCAUACCAAUUCCAAAUGUUUCAAUUUCAUCACUUGACAAAUGUCCAGAAGAUAUUGUUGGAUUACAAUGCGCUCAAUUACAUGAUUGCAAUGCAUGCCAAUCAUCAUCGAAAUGUCAUUGGGAUGGUCAAUUGGGUAAAUGUCGGAUGGCUGGCAAUCGAAGUAUUGACGAUGUUGCCGUGUGUGGAACACCGUGCUCUGAAAUAACCAGUUGCAGUAAUUGUACGAGUGAAGAGUGCAUUUGGUGUCAGAAUGAAGAGCGAUGUGUAGAUAAAAAUGCGUAUACAGUGAGUUUUCCAUAUGGUCAGUGCCGUGAAUGGACGACACAAAUCAAUAAAUGUCGUGCACCAAGUUCGGGCGGGAAGUCACAAUGCGAAUUCUAUAAAUCGUGUUCGCAGUGUCGAGACGAUCCAGCUUGUGGGUGGUGUGAUGAUGGCUCGAACAGAGGACUUGGAAAAUGUUUACCAGGCGGUGAUAGUGGUUCGCAAGACCCAACUGAGUGUCCCAAUCAAGAGCAAUGGUAUUUCACGAAAUGUCCAAGUUGCCAGUGUAAUGGCCACAGUACAUGCAAUGAUGGUAAAACAUGUAUAACACCAUGUGACGAUUUAACAACUGGACAGAAUUGUGAAGUGUGCCAGCCCGGAUAUUGGGGAAAUCCAAUAAAUGGCGGCAGCUGUCAAAAGUGUGAAUGCAACGGUCAAGCCACACAUUGUCAUUCAGAAACCGCAAAGUGUUAUUGCAGUACCAAAGGCUUAACCGGUGAUCAUUGUGAAAAGUGUGACGGAACCAAUCACUAUCACGGCGAUCCGAGCAAGGGUUCGUGCUAUUACGAUCUCACAAUUGACUACCAAUUCACAUUUAACUUGUCGAAAAAAGAGGAUAAAUACUUUACCCAAAUCAAUUUCCGUAAUUCACCAAUUAAGUCGGAUAUUGAUGCCGAUUUCAGUAUUUUAUGUAGUGUUGCAGCUAAAAUGAAUAUCACCAUUCGAUCAGCGGGUGGACCGGAGAAGGUCAUUUUCAGCAAUUUGAAUUGUUCACAAUUUCGCUAUCGUUUCUCAAAAACCGAACAUCAUUUUGGUAUUGAGGACAAUGUAACGCUGACUACAUUCUACGUGUAUGUUUAUGAUUUCCAGCCACCCGUAUGGAUUCAAAUUGCAUUUUCACAGUAUCCAAAAUUAAAUUUACAACAAUUUUUCAUCACUUUUUCCACAUGCUUUUUGCUGUUGCUUUUGCUAGCCGCCGUUUUAUGGAAAAUCAAACAAAAAUAUGAUAUGUAUAGACGUAGACAACGACUUUUUGUUGAAAUGGAACAAAUGGCUUCACGACCAUUCUCUGAAGUUUUGGUUGAAAUUGAAAAUCGACGACCCGACGCUGAAUCACCAACGCCGGUGAUAGAAAACAUUUCGAAAGCGCAGCGAAAGAGAAAAAAGGAUGCUCCAAGUCCAAUAGCAUUAGAGCCUUGUAGUGGCAAUAGAGCAGCUGUAUUAUCACUUCUAGUCCGGCUUCCAACAGGAGGCUUAAACUAUUCAUCUUGUGGUCAAUCGACUGGAUUGGCGAUUGCCAGUGCACUAGUUACACUCGGAAAUCCAAGGAAGCUAUCGAUGGAACAUCCGAAAGAAACCAAAAACAAACGAAAACAAAGCCAACAUCCAGAUAAUUGCAUAUAAUUUUACUGAAUUCGAUAGCAUUUAGCUAUAUUUGAUUACAUUAAUACUAUUUUAUUAGUAUUUAAAUUCGUGAGCGAUAUACUGAAGAGAGAAUGAAGAGCUGGAGAUUAGAAGAAAACAAACAAAAUAUUAUUAUUACCUCUGUAUUAUAAUGAUAGGCAAAAGAUGAGCAAGAACAAAAAUAAAAGUAAUUGGAAUUUGUUUCGCAAAAAUAUGUAAAAAAAAAAAAACAAAAUAAAACAAAAAAUAACACAGAAAAAACUUAAGGCAGUAGAAGUGAACGGAAAUCACAGA